GUUUUUGGCAUUUCUGCAUCUUGACUUCUCUCCUUUCAGAUAAUCUUCAAUAUUCAGAGAACAGCAAUGAGGUGAAAGAGCUGGUGAUUUCAGGGUUCAGGGAUUGACAGAGACAGGGAGAGAUGGCACUAACAACUUCCACAGUAGCUCCAUUUAGAUUUCAGAUAAAGCUUCUCGAUAGCCAGAUAUUCCCACUUCACUCAGGCUCUUGUCUGUUACUUUCUCCUAAUAAGCAUCGUCAAACGAUGAUAAAAUGUUCUGCAAAAGUUACAGGAUUUGAGCAAUUCGGUGAUCCAAGUAAGUUAAAGAUGCGGGUGGUUGACUUUGGGGAGAAGCUGUGGCAGACCUUCCCAGAACCGGUGAAAGAAUUCCCUUGGAAAAAAGCAGAGGAUAUCAUGCUGCAGCGUCUGUUAUUUCUUGGAAAGGAAGCAUUGAAAUGGUCGCUGAUUAUCCUGUUUGCCUUUAGUUCUUUAUCAGAUAUAUUGCUUUCUAUUUCAAAGAACAAGGAACUGUUGAUCCCAGUAGGACUUUUCAUUGGAUGUGUGGUCUCUGAUAUUUUCAAAGAGACUUCGAAGGAGCUAUUCCCGAGUGCAAGUGCAAAGGAAGGAGGUUUAAAGUUGAACCUGGUAGCUAUAGGUGUAUUUUUUGUUUUUGUCAAAUCUGUUGCUGCCUAUCUGGCUGUAGGAGGAAAGGUGUUGUUUUCCCAUGUCGGAAAUGGUGGGCUAUUGCAGGUUUUGUGGGCGUGGAGAAAAAUACAGGAAGAGGGAGAUUCAGACAUACCUUCCUUGGUUGAAAAUCCCGAGUGAAAAGAGUUGCGAAUGGUUAAUUGUACAUGUAAUAGAAAUUUUGAUCACAUUGUUUAGCCGAUGCUGCAAAUGCUACCUUGUACUUGAGUUUGUAAUCAAUUUUUAACUACAAAACCAUAUAUCUGGAUCCGUAGCUUCAGUUAA